CACAGGAGGGCAUUAUCAAUUAGAAUAAAGAUUUUGCAUGCAUAAAUAAAAUUCUGUUUCCCUCUAUAUAUACGGCCUCCUUCGGUUUGCAUGUCUCAUUGCAGCCAUCUCAGUUCUCUCUGUGUGCUUGUACUGACAUAUAAGGCCAACUAUGGACUACUCAAAUUUGCGUCGCCAAAUUACCUUCAUGAAGAAAAGUUUCUUUGAUCAGGGUUACCUUGAUGAACAGUUCAAUCAGCUGGAAGAACUGCAGGACGAAUCAAGCCCCAAUUUCGUUGAGGAAGUUGUGGCUUUGUUUCUGAAAGAUUCGCCGAGAUUGUUGUCAAACAUAGAACAAACAAUUGGGAAGUACCCUCAGGAUUUCUACCGGUUAGAUUCUCUUGUGCACCAGCUCAAAGGCAGCGGAUCCAGCAUUGGAGCAGUGAGGAUGAAGAACGAGUGCUCGGUGUUUAAGGCACACUGCAAUGACAGGAAUCUGGAAGGAUGCCGCAGGUCACUGCAGAAGAUGAAGAGGGAGCAUGCCACUCUGAAGCAGAAGCUGGAGUCAUAUUUUCAGUUACUGCGGCAAGUCGGGCCUCGCGAGCAUGCCGUGAACUCAAGGAAGUAAGAAGAUAGCAUAUGGAAUGCAGUUCAAAGGGAACUAAGGGACCAGCUACCUCUCUCCCUUGGGAGCUUUUAUCAUCCAUAAUUUUUGCUUGCUUUUAACCUGGGCCCUUUUGUCGUUCAUGGGUGGCCUAGUUCUUUGUUGUGUGAAGCUUGCUCAUGCAUACACAGCCCCUGCCUUGCUAUGGGGAAUGACAUGAUGUAAUCUAACUCCUUUCUUUCACGAAUACGCAAAGCUUGCUUUUGCGAAUCACGUGUUGUACCACCCCUAUGUAAUCUAACUCCGCGUAGCUGUGCCCCGAAUAUAAUGAUACUAGUAAAAUGCC